UGGAAGAGAUGCUCGCAAACGUAAACAUAAACAAAACAAACGGAAAAUAAUAGUGCGCUGGAGCUUAAAAUAUGAUUUUAUACGCCAGAAUUUCUGCGGAUAUUUUCUCUAAGACUUAAUUUACCCAUUGGUGAUGUAUUUAUAAGUCUUUGAAAUGGACGAGAACGGCGAAUUGACUCUCAACCUCGACUGCCUUUUGGAGAUUUUGAAUUACGUAAUUACUGAUUGCAGCUUAAAAGACGACAAUGUCGAGGAACCCUCUUUGAGAUAUAACGAUUUGAUCAACUUUGUUCUGGCCCAUGAAUGUAUUAUCGAAUUGCUUGCCCUUCAUCACAAACGUUUGUAUGAAGAACUGGAGCUUGUUAUAGCCUGCAGAAUCACAAAGUUGCUAAUAGAUCUGAGCAUCAAUAAAAUGUCAUGCAAGCAAAAUAAAUGUUUCUGGGAAUACUAUCUGCAAUCUAUCAGAGAAAAAAAUCCCUUCAAUGUUGAACUUACUUUUGACGUGCAUAACAACAAAAAGGAUCACCCACAUGUAACCAUAAAUAUAAAAGGCAUCUCAUCGAACCAUUCAAACGCCGAAACGUUAAGGUUAGACGGUAAGAUUACUGCAGACGAGUUAGCUGACAUCUGUAUCUGGAACCCAAAUUUGAGAAGGCUGGCCUUCGAAAGCAAUGUAGUUGAUGGAAGUGUUUCCAAUAUCGCCAGGCAUUGCGAAAAUCUUGAAGAACUUAAAAUAAGUUUCAAUGCGGAAGACGGGAUUGUCCAGUACACACAGCUAGCACAGUUGCCCAAUUUAAAAAGGAUUAUUAUCACUGGAGUUCAGGACAGCGGUUCGCAGGUGCUAUUCUUCAAAGAUUUAAAAAAAUGGCACAGACCCAGAAGUAUGCGACCACUGAUAAUGACUUUAGAAGAUUCGCCAAAGAAAAACUGCCAUACAAGUCAGCUUAUUACUUUUGCUGCUUUGGACUCUCUCCAAAAUUUUGAAAAAUAUUUUUCCUAUUACUACGAAGAAUUUAUAAAAAUCGAAUACGAUUUGUGCAAAAUGACGGAAGACGUCCGUUCAAUAAAGGAAUCUCUGAUAACUCUACCUGAAGUUGAUGAUGUCAAAAUAGUGUUUGACAGUUAUAAAGAAGAACUGGAGGUAAAACUGCAUUAUGAAUCGGACAUCAGUAAGUUGAGUCCUUUAUCGAAGCUACCUAAUCUAAAUCGUUUGGUCAUCCGCAACAGAUGUACUGACCUAUGUCAUUCCGAAGCAAUUGCCAAAUUUCUUCGGUCAAUGGUUUCUUUAAAAUCCUGCAAAAUUCACUAUGGGUCAAUAGGGGAGUUAGAGGCAAAAGAACUAGCAAAAAUAGAGUCAAUUCGGUUUCUGGGUUGCCAUUUUUGGAGUUGGAACUCAAUUAUGUUUUUAACUGAUUUACCCCAUCUGCAACACGUUGUUAUUAAUGUUCGUGACCCCAUUGAUCCCUAUAACUCAAAGUUAGUUCUUGAUCUAAUGACUGCAUGUCAGGUGCAAGCUACGAUAAUGUGUAAUAAAUUUGGUAUUACCUUUAAAAGGGAUGAAAAAAAACUGAAAAUUGAAAUGAAAAAAGAUUGCCAGGCCAAUAUUCUGAGUUGCCUGGCUCAACUUAAUAACGUUAACACCCUGCAAAUCUCGGGGAAUCCGGAGCCUGCAUCCCUAAAUUCGUUCUUCGAAGCCUUUGUCGGCAACAAUUAUAAUACCCUUAAAGAACUGGACAUUGAUUUACAUUACAGGAGGCCCUGCUUUAAAGAUAUUUCCAAGGUUGCAGAAAUUCGAAGCGUUGAAAAACUUAAAUGCUCCCUGGGAGACACUACUGGUAUUGAGAAAUUGAGCGAAUUGAAUAAACUUCAAAAAAUACAUAUUUCCGGAUGGGACCUUUCUCCUCUUUUUAGAAAAAUGGCUGAAAUAAAUACAAUUCAGUGUAUUUGUUGUGAACCGCUCGACCCCAAACUUAUCUCUCAUAUUUCUCAAAUAAGGUCACUAAAAAAAUUGGAGAGCAUAUCAUCCGCCAUGUUAAGCCCACAGUCCUUUGCAGAGCUCGCUAGUACGAGCAUUGAAGAAAUCAUUUUUGGCUCCCCAAGACUUUCCCUAGAAGAAUUUUUGCAUGCAUUUUCCUCAAAUGGUAAUACUGGUCUUCAUCACCUUCAAGUGCACAAAUUUGAAUUUUCUCGAAGAGCUGAAACUAUGGAACUAAAAUGUCUAAAAAGCUUACGUGUCAAGUAUUUACUCUCGGAGUGUGCGCCAAUGCUAAAGCAAUUUCCAAACCUGGAGUACCUAGCCAUUGAGAACUUUUAUAAUAGCGAAUUGAAAGCUUGCAUGGACUUAUUGAACACGGUUACACUUCAAUCACUGCCUUCUACUCUUACGAAAUUGGAAUUAAAUUUUCAAAUUGGGUUUAAUGAAUGCAAUCAUUUUGUUGAACUUGAAAAAUUGCAGUCCUUGAAAUGUUCACUACGCGAUGAGCUGGGCUUAGAAGUCUUGGCACACACAAAAAACCUUAAAGAGUUAAUUAUUGAUGAUGCAAAAGGUUCUCUUACAGGACUGUUCCGGGCUUUUGCACUUAAAAGUGAUUCAAAGUUACAAGAACUUCAUGCAUUGACCAAUUUAUGUUCCGAUGAGGUCCGUGAACUGUCGGGAAUUAAAUCAUUGAAAUUAUUGAAUUUGUGGUACGAAACAGUAUGCGAUAACUUGCGUGACCUAGGCCAACUAAUUGGCCUUGAAACGGUGCGUAUAGUUCGUCCUUUCUGGGAGGGAGUAGAUGUUGAAAGCGUGCUGCCGUUAUUUGAAUCGUGGCAAAAGCUACGUGUCGCCACAUUGGAAGGAGACGGAGUGGCUUCAAACCUUGCCAGCAACAUUUACAAAAUUCACUUCAGGGGCCGUUACGACUUUUUAUAAUUGAUGAUUCCCCUUUCCCGAACUUUCAUGUGGACGAUAUUGAUGAGGCUUAUUUAAAGGUCUAUUAUUUCUAUGACACUUACGACUCGGGUCGUUGUGUAGAAUUUCUUUCUCAAAGACCACUUUCCGAAAAUUCUCAAUCCUUCAGUUAUUCGGAUAAAAAAGAAAACCUCACAUAUUAGAUGGGAAUUGAUUACUAUUUUGCGAGAAAAAUAAUACACAAAUCACAAUAAAUAUGUUUUUAUGUUAA